AUGCAAGAGAUUGAAACCGAUGUUCUCGUCGUGGGAGCCGGUGUGGUUGGCCUCUCCUUCGCGGCUAUGCUAGCUUCCCAGGGAGUGCGGGUGUUUGCAAUCGCGAAACACAGCGGCACCUCGCCGUCACCACGUGCCCAUGUCACCAAUCAGCGGACUAUGGAGAUCUUUCGAGAGAUGGGUCUCGAGCAGCGUGUCAAGGUGGCUGGGACUUGCCUGGCGGAUGUAGGCAGCCUUGUCAUGGCCACCAGUCUGACGGGGAUGGAGAUUGGACGCUACAGUUGUUACGGAGGUGGUGAUCAUCAGCUCACCGACUUUGCAAAGGCCAGUCCCUCUCAGAUGUGGAACACGGCCCAGAAUCUACUUGAGCCGAUCCUGUUGGGCAAAGCCCGAGAGAAGGGAGCCGACAUCCGCUUCUAUCACGAACUGAUCGACAUUGAACAGUCAGAGGAGGGAGUGGUUGGCCGAGUACGCGAGCGGACAAGCGGAGGCGAGUAUACCGUCCGGGCUCGGUAUGCUAUCGGCGCAGAUGGAGCCCGCUCGUUCGUAGCCGAGAAAGUCGGCUUCGGCUUUAUUGGUGAGCCCGGGCUGAUGUGUAUGCUGAGCUCGUGGGUGGAGAUGGACCUUACCCCUUAUGUCGCCCAUCGGCCAGCAUGCAUUUACUGGAUGCUGCAGCCAGGAGAUGAAUAUUGGGUCGGCUCAGGUACCUGUAUCCUGAAGAGGCCGUGGGAUGAAUGGGUGGUGAACCGACAGUACAACGCAGCAGACGGAGAGCCUGACAUGAGCGACGAAUCUAUCAUUGCACAUGCUCGAGGCGUGCUGGGCAUUCCCGAGUCACUACCAGUCCGUGUCAAGCACAAGGGCAAGUGGCAAGUCAAUCACGUCGUGGCAAAGGAAUACCGACGUGGACGCAUAUUUCUUGCAGGCGAUGCUGCUCAUCGUCAUCCGCCUUCUAGUGGAUUGGGGAGCAAUACAUGUGUGCAAGACGCGUACAACAUGUCGUGGAAGCUGGCCAUGGUCAUCAAGGGCCAAGCUGGCGAGGAGCUCCUCGAGAGCUACAACCAAGAGAGACAACCCGUCGGCAAACAGGUUGUCGACCACGCCAUCUCAACUCUCCACGACAUGGCCGCGCUCCCCAAGGCACUGGGUUUCGUGCGAGGACAGUCACGGGAGGAAGGCUUUGCAUCGCUGGAGGAGCUCUUUUCAGAUGCUGACGGUGCAGCCGAGCGUCGUGCAUUGAUGCGGCAACAAAUCGACGUUGGAAAUCGCCGCUCAAAUGCCCUAGGCGUGCAAUUGGGUCAUCGCUACCAAAACUCGUGUGCCGUGGUUGACGAUGGAACACCCUUCCCAGCCCACCAGCGCGACCCAGUUCUUUACUACGAGGCGACAACCCACCCAGGCGCCUACCUGCCUCACGCUUGGCUGGAGCGUGAGAAGAGGCGUAUUUCAAUCUUGGACAUCUUUGAGCAUGGAAGUUUCGGCCUUGUGGUUGGUAUCGGCGGUAAACCUUGGGAAGCCGCAGCUGCUACGGUCAGUAGUGAGCUGGGCAUCGCGCUGCCUGUCUACUACGUUGGAUAUCGUUGCACUUACGACGAUGUCCUUGGCGAGUGGGCUGGCCGACGUGAGAUAACUGACCGCGGUGUCCUGCUUGUUCGACCGGAUCGUCACAUUGGCUGGCGCUCUGCUGAUCGGCCUCAAGAUCCGACAGCAGCACUACGCUCAGCCUUAGGUCAUAUUCUCUCGCGUCGAAUGUAA